AGUUUAGCUUGAAGUUUGAGAGCACAUCAGGGAACUGACUGGUCUAUUGAUCAGACGCAUACGUGGUUUGAUCAUUUCUUGGAAAUACUUUUGAACAGUAGACUAAACCACGAUUUAUGUUAAGAGCCGGGCGUAGUAGUGAGCCACGCUUUAUGUUACGAACCGACUGUAACAUGCUGCACUGUAAUUUUAAGGUCUUCAUCAGUGUUUUCACAGUAAACCGCUUUUGAGCUUCUUGCUCUCCGGAUAUUUUUCGAUGUUGGAACUUUCACCGCACGGGGACAAGGGAAUGGACGGCUUCAGACGAGUGGCUUUUCGGAGGAAACCCCAAACUUUUGACGACUCCGACAUGGAAGAUGAGGAAUGUUCAGCCCUGAGCAGCAGUCCCUCUGCCCCAAGCCCCCCCAGGGAGAGGUCCAGCCGGUCAGGCAGGAGCAGUGGGAGGAGCAGGGAAGGGGUCAAUGGAACAGGCUUGGCGUACAGGCCCACACUCCAGAUACACAAACCACAAGUGCCUCCCAAGCCAGCCCACCUCCAGAGCCCGGUGACACAGCCUGGCCCCCCGCUGGGCCGAGCCCAGAACGCAAGCCUGAAGGCCGGUAUGGAGGAUAGGGGAGGAGGGGGCCUGGCGGGCCGAGGCCGGGACAAAGCCUCCAAGGUGUCCAGCCUCAUCAGCCGCUUCGAGGAGAACAGCCUAUCAGACGGCAGGAAGGAGGGCCUUCACCCGCCGCACAAACAGAUCAGCAAGUCAGCCAACAGCAGCCCUGCUCACCGCCUCCACCCCCCUCCCCAGCACCGGCAGAACCAGCCCAAGGCACAGGAGCAGCCGGCACCGGACCCGGGCACGCCAAGCGAUGCCGCCAAGCCAGCCGCUAACGGGGUGGUAGCCCGGAUGGAGGUGGGGGAGGACGGGGAGGCUGGCGGAGCGAAGAGGCUGACCCAGGCCGUCAUGGUGAAUGGAGACAUGAGGGACGGGGUUACGGAGAAGGGAGGAGACACCCCCCUCACGCACACAGACGGGACGGGUCCAGAUCCCCCCUCUGGGGAGGGGGAAGGGGAGGCCGUGGGGAAAACGCCACCUGAGCAGGCUGUGGACGAGGGGAAGCCGGAACAGAAGGAGACUAACGAACAGAAGCUGUACAAGAUUGCCAGCGAGCUGCUGCAGACUGAGAAGGCCUAUGUGACCAGGCUCAACCUGCUGGACCAGGUGUUCUGCGCCAGGCUGACGGAGGAGGCUAAGAAAGGGACGUUUCCGGAGGACGUGGUGAAGAACAUCUUCUCCAACAUCAGCUCCAUCAACGAGUUCCACAGCCAGUUCCUGCUGCCUGACCUGGAGAAGCGCAUGGGCGAGUGGUCGACCACGCCUCGUAUCGGGGACAUCCUGCUGAAGCGCACUCCCUUCCUGAAGAUGUAUGCAGAGUACGUGAAGAACUUUGAGAAGGCCAUGGAGCUGCUGAAGCAGUGGACAGAGCGCUCGCCUCCCUUCAAGGCCAUCAUACUUGAAAUCCAGGGCCAGGAGGUGUGCGGCAACCUCACUCUGCAGCACCACAUGCUGGAGCCGGUGCAGAGGGUUCCCCGCUACGAGAUGCUGCUGAAGGACUACCUGAAGAAGCUGCCUCAGGACGACCACGACCGCAGAGACGUUGAGAAAUCACUGGAGAUAAUUUCCAUGGCAGCAACUCACUCCAACAGUGCCAUUCGUAAAUCGGAGAACCUGAAGAAGCUUCUUGAGAUCUACGAGAUGCUGGGGGAGGAGGAGGACAUAGUCAACCCCUCCAACGAGUUCAUCAAGCAGGGACACGUCCUGAAGCUGUCAGCCAAGAACACCUCUGCCAUGGAGAGGUACCUCUUCCUGUUCAACAACAGCCUGCUGUACUGCGUGCCCAAGUUCAGCCUGGGGGGAACACGCUACACGGUCCGGACACGCAUUGGCCUGGAGGGCAUGAAGGUGCUGGAAACCACCAACGAAGACUACCCACACACCUUCCAGGUGUCCGGCAAGGAGAGGACUCUGGAGAUGCAGGCCAGCUCAGAGCAAGACAAGGCAAGCUGGAUCAAGGCGUUCCAAGAGACCAUAUAUAUCUUCCAGCAGAAGAACGAGUCGUUUAAGAUGGCCGCUAAAGAGGUGGAGGAGGUGUCGACGGCAGAGCUGGGGAAGCGAGCCCCUCGCUGGAUCCGGGAUAACGAGGUCACCAUGUGUCAGAAGUGUAAGGAGUUCUUCAACGCUCUAACACGACGGAGACACCACUGCCGAGCGUGUGGAUGCGUGGUGUGCUGGAAGUGCUCAGAUUACAAGGUGGCCCUGGAGUAUGAUGGGAACAAGAUCAACAAGGUGUGCAAGGACUGCUACCCCAUCCUGACAGGAAACUCGGAGAACAACGAAGAGAGGGCUGAGAUCAAGAAGAAGGGCAUUUUAGAAAUCGAAGCGGCCCAGUUCUCAGGAAGCAGCAUCAUGUGUGGGUUCCUGCAGUACUGUGAGAAGAACAAGCCCUGGCAGAAGGUCUGGUGUGUGAUCCCCCAGAAGGAGGCUCUGGUGCUGUACCUCUACGGAGCCCCGCAGGAUGUGAAGGCCCAGUCCACCAUCCCUCUGCUGGGCUACCUUGUGGACGACAGCGCCCGGCCGGCGGACCCGCCCUCCAGCUUCCGUCUCUCCCAGUCCAAGUCCCUCCACAGCUUCGCCGCUGAGAGCGACGACCUCAAACAGCGCUGGCUCAAGGUCAUCCGUCUGGCCGUGACGGGGGAGGUGGCUCCGGCCCCCAGCGAUCCCCCGGGCCCCCCGGGGUCCCAGGAUAGCAGCCAGGAGCUGGGCUCUGACAGCAACUGAGGGGGGUCCAGGGAGUCGCAGGAGACGGUGGAGAUCUCCGUGCAUUUGUGCACAUCAUUUUUUGCACACCCAAGCUCACACUCCCCAAGGUUCCAACUGAGGAAUUUGUACACACACAUACACACACACACACACACGUUGACGUUAAGACAAUGUGGAAAAUCGUUGCUGGAUAAGCUUGUUUUCAUUGCCAAUCUCCGCCUCCUUUCCUCCCCCCUUGACUGGAUUUUUUACCAAUCAAAAGCAAGGCCUUUCCUUCACCUGGAAUGUUUGACAGAAUGACAGGUUUUUUGUCCAAUCGACGCCAGAGCAGAGCAGGGGCGGGGCUUCAGCACUGCCUCGUGUGUCCAAGGAGAAUCAGUCGGGAGCCUUGAGGAAGUGUCCUCACACAUCCUACUGUGUCGGACACACAACACAACAAGAACACUGACCUACAGUUCCAGAGGAAUGUCUGACCUCGUCACAAGGGCAUCAGGGACAUGGCAGUCCUGGACUAGAGUCGCUAGCUGACUACACCCCUGUGAAUCGAGAUGACUGGCUGCAGGCGAUCACCCUCUCCUUGUUCCAUGUACCUGCUGUAUAUAGUCUUAAUCCUGAGUUUUUUCUCCUAAAAGGAACUAAAUGAAUUUAUAAUGUACAGAGAUUCAACGACAGGUUUUAAUAGCACACAAUGAGACAACCUGUGUUUUCCAGAUUCGUUGUCUCAUCAGCAAAAUAUCUCCCUUAUGUUCCUGUGGUCAGAUCAAGGGUGUUUCCCAAACAAAAGUGACUGGUUCUCAGUUAACCAUUAUUGUCAUUCAGAGCCAUACACAACGAACAAACUCCGUCAAACUCAUUCAGCCCGUGGGCAGCAUAGAGUAAAAAUGAAAAGCUCCUUUGCAGACGUCUAUUAUAUUCAGAUAUUCUGAAAUGCUCUAUCUAUCCCCCCCCUCCCCUCCCCUCCCCUCCAACAGCACAAUCAGAGAUGACACACAACCACGCAGGAAGAAAAUGUAAAUGUCAUACUGUAAUGAACUGUAUUAUUUAAAGUAAUUUAUAUUAUGUGCAUGAUUUUAAAGAAAAGUAGCACAAAGA